GAUCGACUCGUGAUCCUUCAAUGUGAGUCUCCUCUGGGACAAUCCAUCGACCACCAACCACCGAAUCGACCCGGCUUCUGCCCCUCUAGCAACUAUGUUCGCCCGCAGCCUCAAGUCAAUGGUGACCCCACCUUGCUCCUUCUCUGCUCGACCCCUCCCCUCUGUGCUCAAUUGCACACGCUCCCCCUUCCUCUCCCUCCGACCUUUCUCUCAAUCAUCUGCGGCCAUGGCUUCCCAGGUGUUCUUUGACGUGGAAUAUGAGCCCCAAAACGCUCAGGGUACAACCAAGACGGGCCGCAUCGUCUUUAACCUCUUUGACGACGUCGUUCCGAGGACUGCCAACAACUUCCGGUCGCUAGCCUCCGGUAAAAAUGAAAAGGGUUAUAGCUAUAAGGGGUCUCCUUUCCACCGUAUCAUUCCCAAUUUCAUGCUCCAGGGUGGUGACUUCACCCGCGGUAAUGGCACUGGCGGCAAAUCUAUAUACGAUAGUCCAAAGUUGGGCGAACAAUUUGCCGAUGAGAACUUCCAGCUCAAGCACACCAAGCCUGGAAUUCUCUCUAUGGCCAACGCCGGGCCCAAUACAAAUGGCUCCCAGUUCUUUAUUACCACCGUCGUGACCUCAUGGCUUGACGGCAACCACGUCGUUUUCGGUGAAGUCGCUGAUCCUGAUUCCUACAAGAUUGUCAAGGAGAUUGAGGCUCUCGGCACAUCGUCCGGUGCAGUUAGGUCCAAGUUCAGGCCCACAAUUGUCGACUGCGGUGAAGUUGAAUAGAUAUCCUGAGUUUAUCGUUCGAGUCGGAUAUUUUUGGGUGCUAGCAGCACAAAUUUGAGCUGGCAAUAAUUGUCAGCUACCCGGUUGUCGCUGUCACAGAUUGAUCGCGCCCUGAGGUGAUUAUGACAAACAACAAGGUCUUUUCCCACCUCGUGUAAUAUAUAACGUUUAUACAAUUAAACUAUACACGUCAAAAGCAUUCCUUUGUACAAUUAUCUCGAA